GCGUCCCCUUUGUGUGGGCACCAGUCGCCGGCCGAGCUGUGGAGGAGCCGUAGCCGCCAUUUUGUGCGUGCCUGUGUUUUCCCCUCCUUCACCCCCCCCCCCCCCCACCGCGGGAGCGGCGGCAGCCGGGACGCCCCGUCUCUUCUGCUGGUCAGGUGAGGCGAAGCGAAGGCCUCGGGCCAGGCUGAGGGAGGCAUCGCCGGCGGCUGCCGCAGCCGUGAGGUCGCGCCGUUCGCCGCAAGCGAGGGGGAAGCAAGCGGCAAGACGGAGAAGGGGGGGAAAAAACCUUCGGAGCUGCCCCCCAACAGGAGGAGGAGUCUCGGCGCCAGGCCCAGGCGCAGCCCCGGCACCGGCGGCGGCAUGGAGAACUCGCAGCUAUGCAAGCUGUUCAUCGGCGGCCUGAACGUGCAGACCACGGAGGCCGGGCUGCGGGAGCACUUCGCGGCCUACGGUACCCUCACCGACUGCGUGGUCGUGCUCAACCCGCAGACCAAACGCUCCCGCUGCUUCGGCUUCGUCACCUACUCGGCGGUGGAGGAGGCCGACGCCGCCAUGGCCGCCUCCCCCCACGCUGUGGAUGGGAACGCGGUGGAGCUGAAGCGGGCCGUGUCCCGGGAGGACUCGGCCAAACCGGGGGCCCACGCUAAGGUGAAGAAGCUCUUUGUGGGCGGUCUCAAAGGGGACGUAGGCGAAGGGGACCUGGUGCAGCACUUCAGCCAGUUCGGCCCCGUGGAGAAGGCAGAGAUCAUCGCCGACAAACAGAGCGGGAAGAAGCGCGGCUUCGGCUUCGUCUAUUUCCAGAACCACGAUGCCGCCGACAAGGCGGCCGUGGUCAAGUUCCAUCCGAUUCAGGGCCACCGCGUGGAGGUCAAGAAAGCCGUGCCCAAGGAGGACAUCCAGUCGGGCGGCGGGGGCGGCGGCUCCUCCAGGCCCUCCCGGGGAGGCAGAGGAGGAGGAAGGGGUCGGGGCGGCGGCGGAUCCGGUAACCGGGAUCACAACGGCCUUUCCAAAGGAGGCGGCGGAUACAACAGCUACGGCGGCUACGGCGGAGGAGGUGGCGGCGGCGGUGGUUACGGCUCCUAUGGCAGCGGCUCCUACGGAGGCGGCGGCGGAGGGGGAGGCGGCGACUACGGCAACGGGUACGGCGGGUUCGGCAGCUACAGCCAGCACCAGUCCUCCUACGGCCCCAUGAAGAGCGGCGGAGGAGGUGGCGGAGGGGGCGGCAACUGGGGGGGCCGCAGUAACAGUGGACCGUACAGAGGAGGCUAUGGUGGGGGAGGCUACGGGGGCGGCUCUUUCUGAGCUGGAGCGCCCAUACCCAUCGGGGGUGGCGUGGAGAGCCCUCCCUUGGAUACGGGGCAGCUUCUAAAUGGUUUCUCCCCUCAUUCGCCGAAGGGCAGCUCCUUUUAAAUGCCUCCCUGCUGUGGGAGCAGCUCCUAAAUGCCCCCUGGGGGUCGCCUCUGCUGCCUGUGCCACUUCUUUCUCGCUGAAGAUGGACUGGGCCCCACACACACAUACUUUGUGUUACAGUCAUUGAUGGACUCUAUUUUUUUAUUAUUACUUGGACCUUGGUCGUUUUUAUACUAGCAACGAAAAAUGUCUUGUUUUAAUUUGUUUUUUGGGGGUACGGGGUGGGAAGCGUCUUGCUGAUCUGGAGUAAAAACUGGGGAGGGUUACAGGGGAAUUUCCUUUGUUGUAAGGACUCGAUACCUGGCUACUACAUUUUUUUCUACAAAAUCUACUCGGAUCCCAUGACUGAAAUUAACAUUUCUGUAAAGGAGGAAAAAAAAAAUCGUUUUUACAUUUUUUAUUUUUUAAAUAAAUCAUUGUGUUCAUUGAC